CUUUAAGCUGCGCGUGCGCUUUGACAAGUCCGGGCGGGAGACUGGGCGCCGCCCGCGCAAGCCGCGCCGGCCACAGUCCGCGCGAGACUCCCGGACGCGACACACGCCGCCAUGCCGCGAAACGACGAAGUAAAAGGCGUGAGCGGAGCCAUACGCGUAUACUGGCGCGCGGUGCUGACCGAGCUGGUAGCUACAGCCCUGUUGGUGCUUCUCGGCAUCGCGUCAUUAGUCCCGAAGAUCUCAGCAGCCGACACGCUCAUACCUCCGCCCCUGGCGCACCCGGCACUGGCUUUUGGCUUCGUAGUACUAUGUUUGGCACAGGCAUUCGGCGAAGUAUCCGGCGCGCACAUGAAUCCGGCCAUCACCGUGGCGUCGACGCUGCUCGGUCGCACGCCGAUCGUGCUAGCCCUGGCGUAUUCCAUCGCACAGAUGCUAGGCGCCACGCUUGGUUACGCUGCGCUGUUCGCUAUAACGCCAAAAAGGAUAUACAAUGAAUUACCAGCGCUAGGCGUGACGAUGCCAGCGAAUGGAUUCGACCCAGCAGCCGCGGCGGUAGUUGAGGCUGUGAUCACCGGUCUCCUGACUCUUCUGGCUUGCGCGUUGUGGACAGGCAAGCCAGAUCCAGCCGGGCCGAUCAAGUUUGGACUUGUUGUUGCUGGACUUGUUUAUGCUGGAGGUGAAAUGACCGGAGCCAGUCUCAACCCAGCGCGUAGCUUCGGACCUGCGCUGGUCACUGGUCACUGGGAAUAUCAAUGGGUAUACUGGGUAGGCCCGCUAGGCGGCGCUGUGCUGUUCGCGCUCCUCCACAAAUACGUGCUCGUCCCGCAAGCGCACAAACCACCGCCACCCACGCGCGAAGAACUACCACUGAACGACAAGAAUAAUUGCUAAUAACGCUGUUUAAAAACAGCGGGCCGAUUUUUGAGUCUCACGGCGUUCGAAUUCAGAAAAUUGUCACCGAAAUUGCCUACUAUUUUCAGUGACAAUUUU